AUGUUUGUGGUUUUUCCUGAUGAUGAGGAUGCAUUUGCAAUUGAAGAUCAAUUCUUUGUUGGAGAUUCAUUACUUGUAAAACCUAUUGUUAAAGAAGGUCAAACAUCAACUGAAAUAUAUUUUUCGGAGAAUGAUGUAAGAAAUACAUACAAAAUAUUGAUUUUUAAUUUUGCAACAACAAAUGUUAGAGGAAGAAAGAAGAAGAUAGUGGAUGAUAGUAAUGACGGUGAUAAAUCCGAUGAAAUUAAUAAAGAUGCCACAAAACAAGUUGUCAAAGAAGCAGAAGAACAAGACAAAUCAUCUGAUACAACUAUUACCAAAGUCAAGUCUACUAAGGGAAGAAAGAAAAAGGUAAUUGACGACGAUAAAGUUGGUAAAUCCGAUGAAAAUAAUAAAGAUAGCACAAAACUAGUUGAUAAAGAGGUGGAAGUACAAGAUAAAUCGUCUGAUGCAACAACUAUUACUAAAGCUAAACCUACUAGAGGAAGAAAGAAAAAGGUGGUUGACGGUGAUAAUGACGGCGAUAAAUCCGAUGAAAAUAAUAAAGAUAGCACAAAACUAGUUGAUAAAGAGGUGGAAGUACAAGAUAAAUCAUCUGAUGCAACAACUAUUACUAAAGCUAAACCUACCAGAGGAAGAAAGAAAAAGACAUCUGAUGAAAUUAAUAAAAAUAUGUUGAGUAUGUGGUAG